AAAUAAUUGGAUUACCCGUAGGUCAUAAUGUUAUUAUGAUUGUACUCGUCUUUGGAUGUGUACCUAUUGUGUGCUAUGUGUAAGUCGUUCUCCUGUGCUCAACGCAAUGGAUAUUUAUACAAAAUGGGUAUACAUGUGGUGGGCUUGUGUUUUUUUUUUUUUUUAUCUAUUAUUGAAUUGCAUAUUAGGUAUUUGAUGUCCAUGUCUCUCCAUUUCAUUCGCUUGUACAUUUUUAACUCCGAUUUCGGUCUUUAUUGUACGUCUAUGGUCUAUCCACUACACCAAGAUUAUUUCGACCUUUUACUGUUUGUUGAAGUGUGAUAACCAUAGCUUGUAACAUAUGAUGGGAAAGGACUAUUACCAAAUCCUAGGAGUGUCAAAGGGAGCCGCAGACGAUGAAAUUAAAAAGGCUUAUCGAAAAUUGGCACUCAAAUACCACCCAGACAAGAAUAAAAGUGCUGGAGCUGAAGAAAAAUUCAAAGAGGUAGCAGAAGCAUAUGAAGUACUGAGUGAUAAAAAAAAACGGGAUAUAUAUGAUAAAUAUGGAGAAGAUGGUCUUAAAGGAGGUGUUGGCCAAGGAAAUAAUUCUAACAACUAUUCAUAUACUUUCCAUGGCGAUCCCAGAGCAACAUUUGCACAGUUCUUUGGCUCAUCAAAUCCAUUUGGCAAUAUAUUUGGUAAUAGUGGUGGUUCAAUGUUUGAUGAUGAAAUGGACUUUGAUGAUGGUUUUAUUCGAAUGUCACAUGGGCCACCUGGCAUGGGUGCUUUCAGGUCGCAGUCAUUCAAUGUUCAUGGUUCACCAAUGGGAAGAACUAAAGAAAAAGCUCAAGACCCAGCUAUUGAACAUGAAGUAUAUGUGUCAUUAGAGGAUAUAAGUAGAGGAUGUACAAAAAAAAUGAAAAUUUCCAGACGAGUGCUCCAAGCGGAUGGGACUUCUAGAAAAGAAGAUAAAGUGUUAACAAUCAAUAUAAAACCUGGUUGGAAAUCGGGUACAAAAAUUACAUUUCAAAAAGAAGGAGAUCAAGCAAUGAACAGAAUACCUUCAGACAUUGUUUUUGUAAUAAGAGACAAACCUCAUCCAGUUUUUAAACGUGAUGGAAAUGAUAUUAGAUAUACAGUUCCAAUUACUCUAAAACAAGCACUAUGUGGUGUAGACAUUGUAGUUCCUACUUUAACUGAAAAAAAAUUACCUCUCAACCUAAAAUCAGAAGUUGUUAAACCUACAACAGUUAAACGAUUUCAAGGUUAUGGUCUUCCAUAUGCUAAAGAACAAUCAAGAAGAGGAGAUUUAUUGGUGUCAUUUGAUAUUAAAUUUCCCGAAACAAUUUCACCUGCUAUGAAAGCUGUUUUGUGCGAUACACUACCGUGAGUGGUUUAAAUUGGUUCAAAAUUAUAUUUGGCCUUUUAUUUUGUCUAAUGAAAAUAAUUUUUUUUAUAUAUACAUGAUAUAUUAUUAUAUUUAUAAGAUAUAUUGUAUGUUUCUUAAUCUUGUUUUUUUUUUUCUAACAUCUUCGUUGAUUGAAGAUAAAAUAAUAAAUAUUCCCGAAGUUAAUAAUUUAGGUCUAAUAUGUACAUAGAAUUUAACAUUAAUUUUUUGUUAAUAAAUUGAACAACAUUCUGGUUUAUCUGUA